GGAAUUCCGUGAACAAAUGCAGCCACCCCUCCCCUCCAAUCAGCGGAGCUCGUCACGGCGCUCCCGCGCGCGUCAUCGCCAUCCCGUGGCGUGGACGUCAAUUCGAUCCGCCCUAUAUAUCCGCACGCACGCCCGCCGCUCUCCAGCACACUAAGUCACCACGGCCCGGCCGGCGAUCGACUCGUCGCUAGCAACCACAGUACCAGUACCACCACCGUCUGCCGAAGGUCGAAGCGAAGCCUCGUACGUACGAUGGCCCGGUGCCGCCGCCGCUCCGGCUGCACAGCCGGCGCGGCCCUGCUCCUCCUGUUCGCCCUCGCCCUCUCCGGCGGCGGCGGCGCGGCACCGCAGGGCGCGGAGGUGACGGGGCUCCCGGGGUUCGACGGCGCGCUGCCGUCGAAGCACUACGCCGGGUACGUGACGGUGGACGAGGGGCACGGGCGCAACCUGUUCUACUACGUGGUGGAGUCGGAGCGCGACCCGGGCAAGGACCCCGUCGUGCUCUGGCUCAACGGCGGCCCCGGCUGCUCCAGCUUCGACGGCUUCGUCUACGAGCACGGGCCAUUCAAUUUCGAGUCGGGCGGGUCAGUUAAAAGCCUGCCAAAGCUCCACCUCAACCCUUAUGCCUGGUCCAAGGUGUCUACCAUGAUAUACCUGGACUCCCCUGCUGGCGUGGGGCUGUCAUACUCGAAGAAUGUUUCAGAUUAUGAAACGGGAGACCUCAAGACCGCGGCGGAUUCGCAUACUUUCCUUCUCAAGUGGUUCCAAUUGUACCCUGAGUUCCUGAGCAACCCGUUCUACAUAGCUGGGGAGUCGUAUGCUGGGGUUUAUGUCCCUACUCUUUCGCACGAAGUCGUCAAAGGGAUACAAGGAGGAGCUAAGCCAACUAUAAACUUCAAGGGCUACAUGGUUGGGAAUGGCGUCUGCGACACUGUCUUUGAUGGCAAUGCUCUUGUGCCAUUUGCACAUGGAAUGGGUCUAAUAUCAGAUGAAAUAUACCAGCAAGCUAGUACGUCAUGCCACGGAAAUUACUGGAAUGCCACUGACGGUAAAUGUGAUACCGCUAUAUCGAAAAUCGAAUCGUUGAUCAGCGGACUGAACAUUUAUGACAUCCUUGAGCCAUGCUACCACAGCAGAAGCAUCAAAGAAGUGAACCUGCAGAAUAGCAAAUUGCCUCAAAGUUUCAAAGAUCUUGGUACAACUAACAAGCCAUUUCCCGUAAGAACGAGAAUGCUGGGGCGUGCUUGGCCUUUGAGAGCUCCUGUAAAAGCCGGACGUGUUCCGUCAUGGCAGGAAGUUGCCAGUGGUGUUCCAUGCAUGAGCGACGAAGUUGCAACAGCAUGGCUUGACAACGCUGCCGUCAGAUCUGCAAUCCAUGCCCAAUCAGUAAGUGCAAUUGGGCCAUGGCUCUUAUGCACAGAUAAAUUGUAUUUCGUUCAUGAUGCUGGUAGUAUGAUCGCUUAUCACAAGAACCUCACAAGCCAGGGUUAUCGUGCCAUCAUAUUCAGUGGCGACCAUGACAUGUGUGUGCCAUUCACCGGGAGUGAAGCAUGGACAAAAUCUUUGGGGUAUGGAGUUGUUGACUCGUGGCGGCCAUGGAUCACAAACGGACAAGUUUCUGGGUACACCGAAGGAUAUGAACAUGGUCUCACUUUUGCUACUAUUAAGGGUGCUGGACACACCGUUCCUGAGUACAAACCACAGGAAGCAUUUGCUUUCUACAGCCGUUGGCUCGCUGGUUCAAAGUUGUGAAGCUUCUGCCCAGCUACAAAUAAUGGGGAAUAUACUUCUGCAUACAGUCAAGAAUGAACAAAUAGAGACUUGAAGAAGAAAGAGAUGGCCUACACGCCAUAUAGAUAGUCACAUACCCAAAUAUCAAAAAUAGCAAUUGGAACACUGUGCGUUGUAUUCUUUCAUCAAAUAUAUUUGGUCGAUGCAGCUUUGGUGUUAUUGCUUUCA